AUGAAGGGUUUCUUUGUCGCCGUCGUCGUCCUUUCUAUAACUUCUGCGGUAUAUUCUGCGGCGAUUGGUGAGCUUAGACGUAGCGAAGUACAGCUCGGGAGCUCUACGGCAUACCACUUGGCCUGUGUCUUCACAAAUCAAAACCAUAUCACAAAGUCUCAUUACGUUCAAAAGGAUCUCUGCAAGGGUUCCAACAAAAGCUCGGGCUUUGGUGGAGCAAACCCCGAGAUAUGCAACAACAAAACCAACAUCAUGACCCAAUCCCGAUUUAACAGAGAGUUGGAAAAACAGUCCAGAUUGGAUGAUAAGGACGAGAAAAUGGGAAUCAGAGUUCAAGGGAAAGAUAAAGCAAUGCCAAACGAGGAAGAAACAACCGCAAGCGAAGGAGACCCUAUCAGUGAAGACAGUUGGGAAGUAGUAGAGAACUCUCUAGACAGCCAUGACACCUCAAUUGAAGCACGAUUCAUAGGUUGCGGACAGAAACCAAGGACGUGGGUUUCAGGGCCGCCUCCGAUACCAGAGGAGAUCUCAGCGGGGGACCGCAGAGAUGAGGCAAGUUGA